UGAGCUUUUUAUUUUAUCGCCAAUGUGUAUACAUGCAGGGUUAUCUCAUUUAGCACUAAGUUUAGCAGUAAAGAGAGCGCUUUACUGAAAAAUAUUGAUAUUAAAGCAAAAGUUGUAUGCCAUUUUAUAUUGAAAUCCCCGUCACGGCAGUGAUUAACCUUAUUGAAUGUUGACUUCGUUACAUAUAUAUGCAUAUAAAUGAGUUUGAAAAGUUGUCGUGUUAUGUGCAUUGACAAGUACAGGAAUCGAUAGUAACCGUCAUAUGGUGCUUUCUCAACAAACUGACCCAUUGAAGUACUCAGAAUGAUAUCUUGUAAACACGUAAGGCUUGCAGGAGCAAAAUCUUCAUUAAUCUCUAGUGCUUGUCGAUAGCAGUGAACCGUGAACAAAUCAGAAAGCGUUGAUAAACAUGACUAAAAAUGACUGAGGCAUUCAUUGCUAUUCUGGUCUCUCUAUUAACCAGUUGUUUUGAACACUUCAGGCAGCUUUGACUCGUCUCUAAGAUGAUGCUACUUGUGGCUUGCGUGGUUCUCUUGGCAUUUUAUCUAAUAUACUUUUUGGUUUCUGAGUAUUUGACGUCCAAGUCUCUUCCACCAGGACCGUUUCCUCUGCCAAUAAUAGGAAACCUACAUUUGCUCUCCAGCAAACCGUACUUGGAUUUCUAUGAGCUUUCCAAGACGUAUGGCCCUGUUUUCCGACUACAAAUGGGAAGCAAUCGUGUAAUUGUUAUAAACGACUACAAAAACGCCAAAGAAGCCAUGAUACAAAAAGGGACAGACUUCGCUGGUCGACCACCACAUUAUGUUGGUAGUAUAUUCUCAAGAGGAGGGAAAGGAGUUGGCUUUCAAACGUACAGCGACAUGGUGAAACUACAACGAAAGGUGGUCAUGAAAACUUUGAAAGAACUUGAAAGGAAGUCCGAGCUAGAAGACAUAGUUKGUACAGAGACACGGGAACUUAUUUGCCGUAUUGGGAACACUGGGAACUUUUCAGAAACCAGUACGAUCCGCGUUGAUUCAGCUCUUGCUAUGAGUAACAUUGUAAUCUCUGUUAUUUUUGGAGAGCGCUUCAGUGAAGGAGAUUCAGAAUUCUUGAAAUUAAUGGAUGCCAUCACUGUGUUUCARGAGAGUCUCGCUGCGACAAGUUUUCUAGACACCUUUCCGUUUUUGAAGUAUUUUCCGUUUGACAUCAUCAGUAGGGUGAAAAGGGCUUGUAUAGCAAGAGACAGAAUACUUGACAAAAAGUAUGAGCAACAAAAGAAUGCAUACCGAAAGGAUGCAAAGACGCAUUCAGCCAGAAACCUCUCAAACGCACUUCUUGAAGAAGCUGAUGCUAAACAUUUACAUGGGCAAGUAGCCAUGAGCGACGACCAUAUCAUGAUGACCAUGAAUGACGCACUWAUUGCCGGAAGUGAGACUCCAGCCACCAACUUAUUAUGGGUAAUGUAUUAUCUCAUCAAGUACCCGGAUGUGCAGAAAAGAAUUCAAAGUGAGCUGGAUGAAGUGAUUGGCAGAAACCGCGCGCCCAAAUGGAGUGAACGUCAAGAUCUUCCUUACCUACAAGGGUUUCUUACCGAGGCUCUUCGUUACAGCAGCGCCAUGCCAUUUGCAAUACCCCACCAGACUAUAAGAAAUACAAGUCUUGGUCCAUAUCAAAUCCCCGAAGGAACAACAGUCAUAUUGAACCUAUGGGCYAUACAUCGUGAUCCUGAGAUGUGGAAAAGUCCAAUGGAAUUCAAGCCAGAAAGAUUCCUUGAUGAAAAUGGCCAUUUUUGUGCAGACUUUGGAGCAGGGAUGUUAGCAUUUGGUCUUGGACAUCGUUCUUGCCCAGGAGAAACGUUGGCUAAGAUGGAGGCUUUUUUGGUUACCUCGCAAAUAUUACAGAAAUUCAAUCUAAGACAAGUUGAGGGAGAAGUCCUGCCAGAGCCAACUGAAAGUAGCUUUGGUAUUGUCAUGAGACCAGCACCUUUCAAUGUUUGCAUCAGGCCCAGAAACUAACUGACUGUAGGACCACCUGAUGAUAUGACGUCCAUAACUUACACUGAUAGAGAGUCAUUCACCAUGUGAAUUGCGAUAAGUACUUUCCAAAUAUGCAUGGUCGUUAGUAUCAGUGACUAUAUAUUUCGAUUGUGGAUGAUUGUGGUGAAUUUAAUCAUAGUAAUUUAUGCUCUAGUGACUGCUUUAAUAUAAAACUAGAUCAGAAAAAUACGAGAAAAAAUAAAUAGUAUAAGGGAGGCAAACAAGAUGGCUAUUUACAAGCAUAGUCGAAAAACUAUCAGAAAUCAGGAAAAAUACAGUCUCAGCUAGUUGCCUCAAAAAAUUAAAGCUGAAUAGUUGAAGACAUUAGACAACAUAAGUAGAGCAGAUGUCGUAACUAUAUAUAACUGUAGAAAACCCUACUUGCAGUGAUCGGCGCGGUGGUGUAUCCGCCGAGUGAUUUUAGUACAUAAAAAGUGAUCGUAUCUCGUACAACACCGAGACUACGGAUGAGCAGAGAGAACUCGAAACUGGAGUAUGUUGGCUCAUGAUAUCUCACUGCAGUCUUAUACAAGGUAUUGCAAAAAUUCUAGUUGAGUCACAUCGAAACCUAACGAAAUGUAUUCGCAUUGUAUGAUAUACAAACAUAUGUUUACUCAUGUACGGUUCAAAAAUUAAUUCAUUUCAUAGAUUUAGCGCUAAUGGUUGAGGUAAGCACUAUGGAUAUAGUUGGGUACGUGUACCAAGAUAACCAUGUAAAACUAGAGUGUUCUGCAUGGAAACAAUAAACCAAGAUUUUCAUUAGACUAUARGUACCUUUUAAAUAAAUAAUCAUAGCUUUUA